CUCUAAAUAUGGCAAUUCCUGGAGGGAGCAAGUUCGAACCGCUUUAUAGAGAUAUGGACACGGCGGACGAUGACUGGAACGAAUUUAAUGACAUAAAUAAAAUUAUAAUACGACAACCUAUUCGUACUGAAUACAAAAUUGCAUUUCCUUUUCUGUACAAUUCUCUCCCACGAUCCGUUCAUGUGUCAUGGUAUCAUGAACCGUCAGUAGUUUAUAUCCGUUCAGAGGAUCCGGACUUACCGGCGUUUUAUUUUGACCCUAUUAUUAAUCCUAUUUCGUCACGUAAUCUUACACCACAAAACUUGGUAAUAUCUCAUGAAGAUGAAAUUUUCGGCGAUAAAGAAGAAGAUGAGGAAUUUGUACUUCCAGAGAAAAUCUCUCCAUUUUUAGAGAGCACACCACUUUAUACGGAUACUACUGCUGACGGGAUCGCUUUAUGGUGGGCUCCACAUCCAUUCAAUAAACGUAGUGGACGAAUGCGGAGAGCAGAAGAUAUACCCUUGGUGAAGAAUUGGUAUCUUGAACAUUGCCCGCCAGGACAGCCUGUUAAAGUUCGAGUAUCAUAUCAAAAGCUUAUAAAAUGUUAUGUGCUAAAUGCACUAAAACAUAGACCACCAAAAGCUUUAAAUAAGAAAUACUUGUUCCGUCAGUUGAAAUCCACAAAAUUCUUCCAAACAACUGAACUAGACUGGGUUGAAGCCGGAUUACAAGUCUGUCGUCAGGGCUACAACAUGCUUAAUCUUUUGAUUCAUCGAAAAAAUCUCAAUUACUUACAUCUUGACUACAAUUUCAA